AUGGAAUUCGGUACCGCUAUAGCUGCCCUAGCCGGAGGUACAACUCUAGCAGCUUAUCUGGAAGCCAAAUUUCACAUCCGCAAAGAUACACGGGUACUUCUAGCCUUUAAACGUGGAGAGCGUGCUCUCGCGCGUGCCCUUUCUGAGGGUCGAGUAAAUGCUUGGUUCGUCUUUCUAGAGACAGCAAACAAAUACCCUGACACAACGGCCAUCUGGACCCGUGAACAAACAUACACCUACCGUGAUGUCCAUGAAAAAGCAUGCCAAUAUGCCCAUUAUUUCCUAUCCGAGGGAGUCAAAAAGGGCGAUCUAGUCGCCUUCUACCUUCAGAACCGUGCAGAGUUCCUGAUUGCAUGGAUUGCUCUUUGGAGCAUUGGCUGCGCACCCGCCGCAAUCAAUUACAACCUUUCAGGAGAAGCACUGAUCCACUGCCUAAAGAUUAGCGGUGCUACCAUCGUCCUGGCAGAUGAAGAUCCAACCUGUCUCGCGAGCAUGGAGGAUUGCAGCGCAACUCUCACCAACGAACUUGGGAUGAAGCUUGUAACACUGAACAACUCGCUCAGGGCUCAUAUAAGCACCUUCCCAACCACAGAUCCACCAGUCGAAAUGGCCAUGAAUGUUAAGGCAGAAUCACCCUCAAUCUUACUGUAUACCUCUGGUACAACCGGGAUGCCCAAAGCCACCGCAUUCACCAUGGGCCGGUUCUUCGGUGGAUUCACCACACGCUCUGUCGGCGUUGGCGAUGUACCCGGGCCCGAUGGAGAUCGUUGGUAUAGCUGCAUGCCUCUAUACCACGGCACCGCAGCUAUUUGUGUCGGCACAGCUCUAUCACUCGGAGUCAGCGUCGCGCUAGCUCCCAAAUUCAGCGUCCGAAAUUUCUGGACUGACAUCCGUGACUCGGACGCUACAUUCUUCGUUUACGUUGGUGAGACUGCUCGCUAUCUACUCGCACCUCCGCCUUCUCCCCAAGAUCGGAAUCACAAAGUAAGAGCUAUGUACGGGAACGGGCUUCGCCCCGACGUCUGGGAGAAGUUCCGGGAUCGAUUCGGUAUCCUCGAGAUCUUUGAGUUUUUUAGCAGUAGCGAGGGUGUUUUCAGCUUGUUGAAUCGGAACAGUGGCCCGUUCACGUCUGGGUGUGUCGGUCACCAUGGCGCACUGCUUCGUGGGAUUUUCCGCAAUACUUAUGUUCCUGUUUCUAUUGACUCGGAAACUGGUGAGGUUAUUCGCGAUAGCAAGACUGGGUUCGCUGUUCGUCCUUCUUUAGAGGAAGGUGGUGAAAUUCUGGUCAAUAUUCCGAGCGAGCAGGCCUUUCAGGGAUACUGGAAGAAUGGAUCAGCUACACAGAAGAAAUUUCUGCGCGAUGUGUUUGUCAAGGGUGAUUUGUAUUACCGUACUGGGGAUGCUCUUCGUCGUCAGGAUGAUGGCCGUUGGUACUUCGUGGAUCGACUUGGUGAUACAUUCCGCUGGAAGAGUGAGAACGUCUCAACAGCAGAAGUGGCCGAGGUCCUGGGUCGAUUCCCCGGGAUUCAAGAGGCUAACGUGUAUGGUGUCCUCGUACCCAACCAUGAAGGUCGCGCAGGCUGUGCAGCUCUUCACAUCAGUCCCGAGGCACGGAAUAGUCUGGACUAUGCGGAACUUGCUCGCUUUACGCGCUCAAAGCUGCCUCGUUAUGCUGUUCCUGUUUUUCUGCGUGUGGUUGAGAAUCCUGUUCACAUCCAUAACAACAAGCAAAACAAAGUGCCGCUGCGAGAUGAAGGCGUUGAUCCUGCGUUGAUUGGGACCAAGGUUUCUGACGGCAAGAAAGACAAGUUUUUGUGGCUCGCUCCCGGCCAGGAGGCAUAUGAGCCCUUCGAAGAGAAAGACUGGAGACGUCUGAAAGACGGUGGUGCUCGCCUGUAA